UUACUUCUGCACUCAGUGCGUCAGGCUCCACUUCGCUUGCGAACCAGACACGCAGUCUCGCUAGACAUGGCAGCGGACAGGGUCGGAUGGACGCCCGCAGAUAAAGUUAACUUAUCAAACUUGGAAACAUCUCGGGAACACGGAGUCAACCUUAAGAGACAAACUCGUGUUACCGUGAAAUACAACAGGAAAGAGCUGCAGAAACGACUGGAUGUGGAAAAGUGGAUUGAUCACUGCUUGGAUGAGCUGUACUUGGGCAAGGAGGAUGACAUGCCCGAUGAGGUCAAUAUUGAUGACUUGCUAGACCUGCCUAGCAAUGAGGAGAGAGUGAAAAGUUUACAGGUGAUUCUUCAGGCAUGCAACAACUCAACAGAGGCAUUCAUCUCUGAGCUGUUGGUCAAGCUGGAGGGCCUUCACAAGCAGGAGGACCUGGCUUCUGAGGGCCUUGAACACCCCUCCCUUUGCAACCACCCUCAGCAUCGCCAUGAGCCCUAUCACUUCAAUGACCCCCACUGUCCUCGUGCCCCCAACCGCAACCACACCCACCAAACCCUUUGACCUCAACACACAUCCGAACUCGGACUAGGGUCACACGAAUUCCAGAAACAUUCCCAAAAUUCCCGGAAAUUCCAGUCAGGGAAUCCAACUACUUUGGGAUUCUUCUGGAAUUCCAGGAAAUCCAGGGAGUUUUGGUAAUUUUUCUAAAAUAUUAUUUCCCAGUAAUCACAUUUUAUACCAGACAGGUUGUGAGUGACAGAAAUAAACACACCUUCUGUCUCAAUUUACAUAUGAACACUUCUUGCAAGCUUGUCACUGAAAUGUGUAUUGCAUCACUGAAAUUGACUUCUCCACAAUUCUGUGGAAAGUUAUUCUCGCUAUAUUAUUGUUUUCAGGACAAGACAUUAGCAUUGGCUGAGGUAUCCCUCUCAACAUUAAAAUAAUUCAUUUUACAGUACAUUCUAAUUAUAACUAUUAAUGCACGUUUUUUUCUGCCUAAAUAUGGUGCAAUUAACUUCAAAGUCAGCAAAAAUGGAUGUAGAUGUCUUCUUGUCUUGAUCCAUUCUGUGAAAGAGUCAAGUGAACACGAGCAAAGGGACUGUGUGUGACUGUAGCAGCAGAGCUCAGCAUCAUCCUUAUUGCUAUGUAUUCCCUUGGCAACGUCAUAUAGGUGAGUCUAUAUUUGAGGGCGUAGUUUUCAAAAAUGACUAAAUGUGUAAUUUGUUUCCUUUCCCUGAAGGACAAUGUCUAAGAGAAAUCCGUGCUUUGUUUUAGUUUCUCUGUCAUUUAAUAAUGUUAAAAGAGAAAUUAUUUGAACAUUAUAUUUUGGAGCCUCAAAAUAAACUGUGGACUCAUUCAG